AUGAAAUAUACACUAGCAUUUAGUUUGUAUCUCAUAUCUAUAAUCAGUGGAAAUUUAUACAAAGAAUCAAUUACAGGGUGUAAUUCACAUUGCACAUUAGAUGAUAUAAAUGACAUUAAUUGUUGGAGAAAUAACUUACAAUUUUAUGGAAAAAUAUUAGUUGGUCAAUUUAGAAAUUAUGUAUCAACACAGGCUAAAAUUUAUACAAUUGAAUCAGAUCCUAAUUUUGAUGUAUUUAUAAAUAAAUCAAUUGAUUCAAUGGAUGCCGUUAAAAGAUCAGGUUAUGAGGAUGAACAUAAAAUUAUUAAUAAAAGUGUUAUUACUGAUGUUGUAAAAGUAUUAAUAGAAGAUGUUAAAAAAUUAACUGAUGAUAAAAAUUUUCUUAAUGAUAAAAAUAUUCAUUUAGAUACCGUUUGUCCAACUGGUUGUGAAGUUAAUUAUAAUGUAUAUCUUGGACUAUCAAUUGCUUCAAUUAUUUUAAAUGUUCUCUUUGUUAUUUCUUAUUUUAUUUUAAUGAAUAUAAAAGAAAGAUUAGAUCUUAUUGAAUAUAAUGAAAAAGAGUCAUCAUAUACUGAACAAUGA